GGGAUUUUUUUCUAACUCAACGUUUCCUACUUUCAUCUAUGGAAUGUAUAUAAAUGUUUUGAGGAUAGCAGUUCACCGGCGGGGGCAAGAUGUGGGUGUUUGGGAAAUUGGUACCAAUACGUUGAGGCUCCUGUUUCCCCUUCUCCCCACCCCCUGGAGGUCUGAGCGAUCAGACAUUACAGUGACAGACUCGGGGAGCUGGCACUAAAAUGUCCCUAAGUGGUGGCACUGCAGGCGGGAAAGGUUUGGACUCGAAUGCGGUGGACCCUUACGACAGCGGUGAUGAGUGGGACAUCGGUGUCGGCAAUCUGAUCAUCGACCUCGAAGCGGACUUAGAGAAGGACAAGCUUGAGAUGUCUGGCUCAAAAGAGGCAGGGGGGAUGGCAGCACCGCCAAGCGCCGUCACGGCUUUGCCCAACAAUAUCAAGUUCGUCAGCCCCGUUGGUGCCCCUCAGGGCAAAGAGAGUAAAUCCAAAUCGAAGCGCAGCAAGAAUUCCAAGGACAAUAGUACCAAGUCUCCGGCAGGGGACGCCGUGAAAAAAGAGCAUCAGGGACGGACCCAAGGGGAAGUCACUGGCACGACAGGUAGUUCGGUAGCCACUGGCAAUUCCACAACUGGCAAAGGCAACGAGAAGGGUGGAAAAACUUCCCGCAGCGUACCGAAUAGCAAAAAGGACAAGGAGGUAUCGAGCGGGAAAAACAAAAAGGAGAAAAAUGAUGCAGUGGUGGCUGUGGCCGCUAUGGAGAAGGAGAUCGCUGCUAACACUCAAGCACUUGGGAACAAUGCGCGUAGCGCCCCCUUUGAUAACACGCAAAACGUGGACAUGGCCGGUAAUGAGCCACAUGGGAAUAACUCCCUGGAAUCUGUAGGAAUUGUACCGUUGGCUAUUAAAUCGGAACCUGAGGACAUGGACAAUGGCGAGUGUCGACCGCUGAAGAAAGUAAAAAAUGAGAAGAUGGAGUCUCCGGUCUCUACGCCAGCCCAUCCUCCGCUUCAUCUUUUAGCCUCGGUGGGGAGCAAUGACAUUGCCUCUCCAUGUGAGCAGCUGAUGGUGCGCACACGUUCAGUGGCUGUCAACACAUCCGAUGUGGCGUUAAGCACGGAACCAGAAUGCUUAGGGCCCUGCGAACCCGGCACCAGUGUCAACCUAGAGGGCAUCGUCUGGCAGGAAACUGAAGACGGGAUGCUGGUGGUUAAUGUGACAUGGCGGAACAAGACGUAUGUCGGAACGUUGCUGGACUGUACUCGCCAUGACUGGGCUCCCCCUAGGUUCUGUGAAUCCCCUACAAGCGACAUGGAGAUGAAGCCUGGCCGCGGCCGAGGUAAGAGAAUGCGUCCCAACAGCAACACACCGGUCAAUGAGAACAGCAACUCGUCUGACAACAAGGGCAGCAACAGUAGCAAGACCAGAGCCAGCUCCAACAGCAAAGGUCGGCGUGGGAGUCAGAACUCGUCCGAGCGAAGGACUCCACCUAACAGCAACACGGAAGACAUAAAAGCCAGCCCUUCCUCAGCCGGCAAGCGAAAGAACAAACCUGCUUCUGACAUGGAGCCCAAUUCCAGCUCUGAGGACACUAAAGGAAACAAGCGCAUGAGAACUAACUCUAACAGCGUCGUAACUCCAGGACUUUCUAUACCUACUAUAAAGACAGAGUGUCUUCCUCCUCCUCUAGACCGCAACUGCCCCUCACCAGUACUUAUUGACUGCCCAUACCCUAACUGCAACAAGAAGUACAAGCAUAUCAAUGGCCUGAAGUAUCAUCAGGCUCGUGCCCACAACGAUGAUGAUAUCAAGCUGGACAUGGACGGAGACAGCGAGUAUGGAGAGGAGUCCUCGCUCCACCCGGAUCCUGGGAGCUGUAACGGGGCCUCGGUCUCCCAGAAAGGAUCCCUUUCCCCUGCACGCUCAGUCACUCCGAAAGGUCGAGGAUUUGAUGCACGGAGCUCAUCUCCUUCCCCUGGUAAAUUUGGCUCCAAGUCUAAAAAGAAAAAUGGAGAAACGGAUGUAGAGGCUUGCAGCAUUCCCAUGGAUGGCUGUGAGGAUGGCCCUUCCCUUACUGAUGACGCCAGCAACGAUGGCAUGGAGGACAAGAAGGUAAAAAAGUCCAAUUGUGGCAGCAAGCCUGAUAAGCUGGCCCAGAAGAACAUGAAACCCUCCAGGCCAGUGGCAUCAGCCAUGCCUUCACAGCAGAUGUACUCCCUGCAGCCAACACCAUUCAGCUCUGGGAGUCCCAGUCAUCCUCCAGGAAUGAGUCAGAUGAUGCAAGGCAUUCCUAAAAGCCCCCAGAUAAAAGGCAUUCAGUCGAAGCCUGCCGUGCCUGGAGACACAUCUCCAAUGAGCCAGGGUGGGGGGAGUGUUAAGGACAAAAAGAAAAAAGACAAGAAAAAGAAGGAGGCUGGUAGAGAUGGAGACAGCCCCAAGCCUUCAGGUAAGGGAGGUAAAUCCGAAGGGGGGAAAAGCCCUUACUCAGAGUCAUCUGAUCCUGGAAACAGAAGCGAAGGCCAUUUAAAUGGCUCUUCAGACCUUCACCAGAGUCGUCUAGCCAGCAUUAAGGCUGAGGCAGAUAAGAUCUACAGCUUUACAGACAAUGCGCCCAGUCCAUCCAUUGGUGUGGCAAGCCGUAUAGACAGUACCGGGCAGCCCCACACUCCCCUCCAUGCUGUCACUCAGAAUGGGGCUGAUAACUCUUCAGUGAAGACAAACAGUCCUGCAUACUCUGAUAUCUCUGAUGCCGGAGAGGAUGGUGAGGGCAAGGUCGAAGGUGUCAAGAAAACAGAGGAUCAGGCAGUAAGGGAAGGGGCCAAAAAGGCACUCUUUCCCUCCCAGGCAACAAAUAAGGAGUCACCUUAUUACACUGGCUAUGACGACUACUACUCUCCAAACUACCCUCAUCAUAGCCCAGGUAGUGCUGCUGCGGCUCCCCUAAUGGAUGGUCAAGCUGUGAAAAUAAAGAAAGAGGAAGAGCCGGAGUUGAUUGAGAAAAAGCUGAAGCCGGAGGUUCAGGAGGAACGUAAACCAGAUGUUGCCCCAAGUCAACCUCACCAACAACAACAGCAGCAAGCCUCUGUCAUUCAGCAACGUUCCAACAUGUACAUGCAGCCUCUCUACUACAGCCAGUACUACGUUCCCCCAUACGGUUACUCAGACCAGGUCUAUCACAACCACCUUAUGAACACUAAUCCAGCCUACAGGCAGCAGUACGAGGAGAAGCAAAGACUGAUGGCAGAGCAGCACCGAUCAGUCAAGAGCGACACAGGCAUGAAGGAGCGAGAAGCCUCCAUAAAGGAGGACUGGAAACAAAAGGGUCCUGUUCCUCCUGGACUUACGAAAGCACCAAGUCUGUCAGACCUUGGGAAGUCACAGGCACCCAGCAAGCAAAGAGACCCCUCUUCUGAGCCAGCCAAGUCAGUCAUUAUCCCCAAAGGAGAAGAAGCUAAGCUCCAGCCCCAACAGGCUGAGGGCUUAAAGGUAAAGCUCAGUGAAGGUGGCCAUCAUGGCAAGGAGGACUCUAAAACAGGAAUGGAGUCUGCAAGGCCAGGCAUGGAGCAGUCCAUGUGGUACAGACAGUAUCCUGAAAGUCAGAGGCAGGCUGAAGAGGAGCGCGAGCGUGAUCGCGAGAGGAAGAACAAAGACGACAGGCCACGACCCAAGGAGUCCAGUUCCAAAGAGGAGAACAAGGACUGUGCUGAUCGUCCAUCCGCUCUUGCUUCUGAGGAUUACCGAGGAGCAGGGAAAGACCCUCGGGCGAACGCUCACAUGCCUUUCUCCUCCAGCCUGGCCCAGCAACAGCCCUACAUGCACUACAUGCACGGCUAUCCCUACGGGCAGGGCUAUGACCCUAACCACCCUGGAUAUAGAGGGAUGCCCUCGGUCAUGAUGCAGAACUUUCCAGGUUCCUAUCUACCAGCUAGUUACCCAUUCUCGCCCUAUGGCGGCAAGAUGGGCGGAAGCGAAGAAGGUGAAAAAUUGCGCGCCAGUCCCACAGUCAGCAGCAAGUCCUCCUCGGAGGCCAAAGCUCUGGACAUCCUGCACCAACACGCCAACCAGUACAAGAGCAAAUCUCCUACAGUCAGCGAGAAACCGCCACACGAGAGAGAGCGGGAGAGGGACAGAGAGAGGGAACGAGAUAGAGAAAUGGACCGACCUCGAUCGUCUCCUUCACAUCGCAUCAUGCCAUCCCAUCACCAUCUGGGUUAUCCGCUUGUAUCUGGCCAGUAUGACCUGCCCUAUGCCCCAGGCCUGUCGUCGUCAGCUAUUGUUGCCAGUCAGCAGGCUGCAGCCCCCUCCCUCUACCCACCAGCACGGAGGUGAGAAUGGGCACCGUGACUGACCUAAACCUCAUCUUUACAAAUGCACAUGUGACUGGAUCACAUGGGGAAGUAUAUGGAGUUCAUUUAGACAUCAGUUGAAUGGUGUUUCUAUAUUUUUGUUUGUUUUUUCUGCCGGAAUGCGUGGCAGACCGAUGUUUUCUUAGCAUUCGUACCUCGUAGCCCACUGAGGACUGUGUGACGGGUUCAAAGCCAUCCUGCAUCCACCUCAGCCUGCCGGCCUGCUCGAGUGAACGGAACUGAACCGAACUGAACUUUCUUUAAACUGAGGGAGGCUUGAGGUCCAUUGUGAGAAUGUCUGACUGGAUUGCGCUCCUGCACACAGAGUACGGUGGGAAGCAGAGGCUCAGACCGGUGGGUGAAAUGAGAAAGACUGAACAGUUUAUCACAUUGAAAUGGUUGAAGUUGUUUCCUGUUAUUUUAAGUGCAAACCCUUGCACCAUGUGACUCCUGUCUUGUUUUCUUUUGUUUUUGUAACAGUUUAUCAUCUUAAAUGUAACUGGUGGCAGUUCCUCACAUAGUUGUCUGCGCCACACGCCUCAAGACUGCUUUUAUUUUCAGGAGGGUCCGUUUUUACUACGCCCAAUUAUUAGGUUCACUUCAAUGCCAGAGUCUUUUAAUAUAUUUUCACUUUUAGUACAUAAAUGGAGGUUAAUUUCAAGUAUUUAUUGAAGUACCUGGCAGGUCUGUUGUUGCAUUUUGGUUUUCUAGAGUGAUGCCCAUUCUCUUUCAGUGCAUGCCCAGUGUAGAUUCGGAACUGAUGGAAUGUCACUCUUUCCUCGGAUGGACCAGACUUUUUGGUUAAAGCGUCAGUUCAGUGAUCAGUUCAGCACUUCAUUCUGCCUCAGACCUUCUCCCUGGCUUGAUUGCCCAUGUUUUAAAGUGACUAGUCGAUAAUGUGACGAGACAGCUGGGACAGUAUGUGAACUGUGUUCUGUCGUUCCUUCCGGCUGAGUGACACCAGAGAAAUUGUUUGCUCUGUGUUUGCUUGCAUGGGGCCCAUUCGCUUCCUUGAUUCGUAUUUUUGAAGUGACGUGCCGGUUCAAAUAAAGUGUUUUGGAGUUUUUAUACAUUUUUAUUUCCAAUAAUGGUUUUAACAGCCAGUGUGUGUCAUGUUGGUCAGCAUGGUGUACUAUAGCACUAAAAAUGUAACUGUGUCCUCUCAGGCAAAGCAAGCUUUGUUAUUUCACCUUUGUUUUGCUGUUGUAUUGCAGUUUUGCUCUGUACACACAAUACAGUGUAUGUAUAAGUGCAGAGGAUUUUUUUUAAGGAGACUGGGCAACCAUCCACUUUUCUGGUGUUUUAAAAUCAUUUUUUUGGUAGUUUUUUUGGGAAACGCGGGGCUUAUUACAUUAUCCCUUUACUCCUCUGUUCUGUACACACACUUUUUUGUAAGAAAAUUAAGCAAGGUCCACUUUGAAUUUUGGUUGCCAAUAAUAAUGCACAAAAUAUCAGUUUAUUGUAAGCUAUAUUUGAAACCGUAUACCACAAUAGGCCCACGUUAGGUUUUCUAAUAAAAGAAAUUCUUUGCAGUAUUCUCAUGGCCCAUGUCCUCAAUCUCAUAUGCAGAAUCAUUUAGCUGUGCUUUCAUCUGGUGCAAUGAAAAGCCCUCAGCAGUAACACACUGAGGUACAUGGACUGCAGAAGCAAAUGGGUUUCAUAUUGCCCCCCUUAAAGCUGUUAUAAUAGAUUUUCAAGCCCGUUUACUUCAGUUAAAGUGCUCACACUUCAUUCACUCACUUUCCGGGAACGAGGUUUGAUCUGAUGUUGGCAUCAUGUGUCUCCAUUGUACCCUAUAAACCCUCUUCAAUGGUGCUUAACUGACAUAAUGUCUGAGGUGGAAGCUGUGCACUACUGCAUGCUUUGCAUCAUUCUUCACACUGGAUUCCCAAUCGAACUUCAUCCCUGUGUCUGUCCCAGCAAGACAAAGUUUUACAAAGUAUCAGUCACUGGUACCUAAAGGAUGUUUACAUUUUUGUUCUGUAUGGUUGGGUUUGAAAUUUAUUCCUCAGUUCACUCACAUCCUUCAACACCCUCCUGGAUUGUCCUCUUCUAUGUAAAGUGUACAUUACCAUGUUUCUUUUUUUUUAUACAAUACUGCAACUUGCCUUUGUACAUUUAGGCAAAAAAAUAAAUCUUUUUAUGAGACAAUCA